AUGACAGGAAAUAGAGGAUGGUUCUGUAAAUUCAGGUCUGUAACUUGGGAUAUUGGCUUCCUCAUUGCAAACACCAUCACAGACCAUGUGCUUUGGAGCUUGGGCCAAUGGACUCUCCUCAUUGACAGUAUGCCUGUCAGCUUUGUAAAUUCGAUUGCGACAAUUAAGGGUGGGACUCAUGUUGAUUAUGUUACCAACCAGAUUACAAACUAUGUAAUGAGUAUUGUUAAUAAAAAGAAUAAGAAUGCUAAUCUCAAAGCCCACGCAGUGAAGAACCAUCUAUGGGUUUUUGUCAAUGCUCUUAUUGGCAACCCAGCUUUUGAUUCUCAAACCAAAGGGACUUUGACAAUUCGGAGUAUGAAUCUUGGAAGGAAUAAGAAUGCUAAUCCCUGUCCAAUCUUACUUCCAUUACUGUCUAGUGGAACUGAAAGUGCAGUUUAUAAUAACUGUGGCAUGUUAAAGUACCUACAGGUAUUGGAUUUGGGAAAUAAUCAACUAUCAGGUCCAAUUCCUUCCGAGCUUGGGAGCUUGACCAGCCUUGUGAAAAUGAACCUUCAAUCCAAUGGGUUGACUGGAAAGCUGCCUUCUGAACUUGGCAAUUUUAAAUACCUUGAGGAACUUCGGCUGGAUAGGAAUAAGCUUCAAGGAAACGUUCCUGCAACUAACAGUUCAGAUUUUACAUCCAGCAUGCAUGGGAUUGUGGAUGGUGGAAGACCAAGUAGUGCAAGUAUCUUUGGUGGUGGCUUUGUCUUGGGUGGAAUUGUUGUUGGAGCACUAGGUUGUAUAUAUGCACCCCAGAUCAGCAAGGCACUGGCAGGAGCAGACAGGAAAGAUUUGAUGAGAAAGCUGCCAAAAUUCAUAUAUGAUGAAAAGAAAGCCUUGGAGAGAACACGCAAAAUCCUGACUGAGAAGAUCGCCCAGCUAAACUCUGCCAUAGAUGAUGUCUCUUUGCAGCUCCGUGCUGAUGAUACCCCAAAUGGAACUGCUGUAAGCCCGGAUGAACUUCAGGCUUCCAUAUGACAAACUGUUCAAAAGAUAUCCUGAAGUUGUUUAUAGAUGAGAAAUGUUUGAAACAAAUCCUUUAAAUUUUCACUAGUAAACUAAGGGCUCAAGGUGGGGCCCUUAUGUAUUGUGUCGAAUGUUAAUGAUUCAGUUAAUUUGAAUGAUGCUUUAAAAUUA